GGCCGCGUGACGUCGGGUCUGCCGCAACAUCCGCUGACGUCGGGCCUCAUGGACGACUUCCCGGAGGUCACCGGCAUGGGAUCCUUUGCCGACACGCUGGAUUACAUUCAGCGCCACUACAGCAACCGCGCUGCGGAAGCCCCUGUUGCAGCCGGAGAGAAAAAGAAUCCGGACUGGGUGGCCAGCGCCCAUGGGGACUCCGACUCCACAACAGAGUCUGACGAUGACGAGGACGAAGAAGACAGGAAUAAUCUGCACAAUCGCGCCACACUCGACAUUUAUCUGCCUGUCCCACUUGACUCCCUCUUCCGCAUGAUGGAUCAGGAGAAGAUGAUAUCCAGACGCUCAAGAUUAAGAAAUAAGAAGUUCCCCAUUGUGAUCUCCCUCAACGGUGGCGCGUGGAUCAUUGGCAGCCACUUCUGGAGCUUUCUUGUGGCACGGCUUCUUGCCGCACGUGGGUAUGUUGUGUUCUGCCCCGACUACCGCAACUUCCCGCAGACAGACAUGGAGGGUAUGGUGCUCGACGUGUCGGAUGCAAUUCGGUGGGUACUU